UGCGUGUGUGUGUGUUUGUGUCGUAUAAAAGAGAGUGCCGGAUCGAAGAAGGACAUCAUUCGCUCAGCUCCAUUCGCGCAAAGAACAACCAACAUCAUCAUCAUCACAAGAGAAUCAUGAAGAUUUUGGUGGUAUUAGCAGCCUGGGUAGCUAUUGCUAGCUGUGGAGUGCUUCAAGGAAACAUUUCACCACCAAUCCAAUCAUCUUAUUCAUCCGGAUACGGAGCUUCCGCUUCCGGCGGAUACGCAUCUUCUUCAUCAUCAUCUUCUUCGGGAUGGGUCGGUCUUGGAGGAUCCACCAAGUACACCGACGUUAACGUCGCCGAUACUCUGAAGGGUUCUUCUCUUGGAGGUUUGGAAUCGGGACACGGAUACAAGACCGGUUUGGGAUUGGGAUCUGCAGGAGCUUCAGAUUCUUACAGUUCUUCCGGAUCUUUUGGAUCUUCCGGUUCCUUCGGAGCUUCCGCCGGAUCCCUCGACUCUCAUGGUUCCAUCGAAUCCUUCGGAUCUUCCAUCGGAGGUUAUGGAUCUGGAGCUUCCCUUGAAGGAUACGGAUCUUCCGGUUCCAUCGGAUCUUCCGGCUCUCAUGGAUCUUUCGGAUCUUCCGGUUCCAUCGGAGGUUAUGGAUCUGGAGCUUCCCUUGAAGGAUACGGAUCUUCCGGUUCUAUUGGAUCUUCCGGCUCUCAUGGAUCUUUCGGAUCUUCCGGUUCCAUCGGAGGUUACGGAUCCGGAGCUUCCCUUGAAGGAUACGGAUCUUCCGGUUCUAUUGGAUCUUCCGGCUCUCAUGGAUCUUUCGGAUCUUCCGGAUACGGAUCUUCCGGUUCUAUUGGAUCUUCCGGCUCUCAUGGAUCUUUCGGUUCUUCCGGUUCCAUCGGCGGUUACGGAUCCGGAGCUUCCCUUGAAGGAUACGGAUCUUCCGGCUCUUUCGGAUCUUCCGGCUCUCUUGGAUCUUUCGGCUCUUCCGGCUCUCUUGGAUCUUUCGGCUCUUCCGGCUCUCUUGGAUCUUCCGGCUCUCUUGGAUCUUUCGGCUCUUCCGGCUCUAUUGGAUCUUUCGGAUCUUCCGGCUCAAUUGGAUCCGGUUCCGGUUACGGCGGAAACACCCAAUCCGUCUCUCACAUCACCCAGCAAGUACCGAUCUCCGUGCCACAGCCGUACCCAGUGACCAUCAAUCGUCCAGUUCCUGUCCCAGUCUCCGUCCCACAUCCGGUUGCCGUCCCACGUCCCGUCCCAGUUGAGGUCCUGAAACCUGUCCCAGUCCCAGUCGCCAGACCGUACCCAGUUCACGUAACCCGUAAAGUACCUGUCCCAGUUCCAAGCCCAGUCUACGUGAAAGUACCACACCCAGUAGGAGUACCAGUACCAAGACCGUACCCAGUCGAAGUGAAGCAACCCUACCCAGUCAAGGUUCCAGUACGCGUCGAAAUCCCAGUCCCAGUCAAGGUACAAAGCCACGGUAGUUUCUCCGGAGGAUUCGGAGGUCAAUCUUUGAACGGAGGCAGCUCUUUCGGCGGAUUCGGAGGACAAUCCUUGAGCGGCGGAUACGGAGGACACUCUUUCGAAGGCGGAUUCGGAGGACAAUCUCUGAGCGGUGGAUUUGGAGGACACUCUUUGAGCAGCGGAUUUGGAAGUCAAUCUUUGAGCGGUGGAUUCGGAGGACACUCUCUGGGAGGCAGCAGCAGCUCCUUCGGAGGAUUCGAUGGACACUCUUUGGGCGCUGGUUUCGGAGGUAGCAGCUCCUUCGGUGGACACUCUUUGGGAAGCAACUCAUUCGGAGGUCAUUCUUCCUCUCUGGGAGGCUCAGGAUACGCCUCAGGAUACGGUUCCUCCUUCGGAUACCCAUCGAAACUAUCUCUCGGCUCCUCAUUGAACGCCGGCAAAUACUCUCCGAGCUUCUCCAGCGGCACCGGCACCUCCAGCUUCAGCGGAAGCGGAUCUUACUCCUCCACCAAGACUUUCCCAUCCAGCAGCGUCUACGCCGCCGGACAAUCCUACGACUCGAACGGAGGAUACAAAUACUAAAUCCAUCAAACAAUAAUCAUUUCAUCAAAUUUCUCUUUCACACAUCAAAACAAACAAACAAAAAAAAACCAUAAACUCAUUUACAUUUCGUUACAUAAGAGCAAACAAACAUC